AUGGACGUUGAGAUGGAGAAAGUGGCGCCGACCGCCGGUGAGGAUGUUUUCACCCGGAAAAAACCCCCGGAGGGGGGUUCUCCACCGCAACGGAUGUCUUUCAAAGAGAAGCUGAUGGGGGGCAAGGACAAACAACCCAACAAGGAACGAAUUGACUUGUUCGAUGCUGGAAAGAUGAGAGUCGAGUAUGUGGAUGACAACCCUACGCUCCCACGCAUCAGGGUAGACAAGUCAAUCAUUGAAUCCAUGUGUGCACCAUGGAAAGAGGCCCUGGUUGUAUGCCUGCUAGGUAAACGCUUGGGGUACCGCACGAUGAAAGCGAAACUAGAAAGCACCUGGAAACCAACGGGGGGCUUUGAUUUAAUGGAUGUGGACAAUGGUUUCUACUUGGUGACGUUUGAUCAGGAAGAAGACAAGAACAAGGUCAUGGGAGGAGGACCAUGGAUGAUAUUCGAUCACUAUCUAGCUGUAUCGACGUGGAGUGCGGAGUUUAUCUCGCCGGCGGCUAGGGUACUCAAAACCCUCGCUUGGAUCCGAAUCCCUGGGCUGAAUGUAGCAUUCUAUGAUGAGAGCUUCCUCUUAUCAGUGGCCCGAGUGCUUGGCAAGCCUAUCAAGGUGGAUAUAAAUACCCUGUCCGGGGAUAGAGGAAGGUUUGCAAGGAUUUGCAUAGAGCUUGAUCUCACCAAGGCAGUGAUAGGAAGGAUUUGCAUUGAAGAUUUCUGGUACAAGGUCGAGUACGAGGGCCGUCAUGUGAUCUGUACUAAGUGUGGCUGUUAUGGCCAUAGAAGCAGAGAGUGCAAAGGAGCACCACCGAUGAAGAUGCAGAAGCCGACAACAGAAGGAGUACCGUUGAAGGAAAGUGGCUCAGGGGUACCUACGGAGAGACAAACUCAGGCUACGACGGCUGGCGCAGCCGCCGGAGCACAGGCGAGAAUGGAAAUGGAAGUGCAGAAAUCUACGCACGAGAAUGUCGCGCCCGAUUACUCGAAUGGGCCCCAAAGUCAGGCGGAAAAUAGGGACGUGGCAAGCAUAGCAGUUAAGCCAAACAAUCAAAAUCCCACGAUGGACGCUGCUGAAGUGGAAAUUCUGGGAGAUUGGAUGACGGUGACAAAAAAGAAAAAGAAAGUGUUGAGAUCAGGAAGCAAUAAUGGGGGAACGAAUCCCGGGAAAAUUGCACAGAAAGAGGAGCAACGGAAACCUACAAGAGGCAAAUCCCAAGCUGCUAAAACCAAGGGAGUCGGUGGAGGGAAUAUUCCACUCAAUAUGGAAUUUCGGAAAAAGGAGGAAAAGGUGGGGACACCAAUAGCUAUUCAAAGCACUAAGGGAACCAAAUCUGGCACGGUGGGGCCCUUUACUGGUUUUCCCACAGACUUCCAAGUUGGUAGCUCAAGCACGGAUUGGCUACAUUCGAAUAACAAAAAACGGCGUACCAGACCAGGUGUAAACGAAAAAAGAGGUGGCCCCAGCCUGGGCCCUUUACAAAUCCUCUCCCAUCCGGUUGGUGACCCCACUAAACCUGUGGUAUUUGGAGUCCAACAAUUUGUUGAAGAAAAAGCGCAGGAACACAUGCAAUGUUUGCCAGAACAAAAUGUUCCAAUGCCCAGAGAAGGGGGUGGUGCCACCCCAGGAGGCGAAUGA